AACACGCUUCUUUAGUUUUAAUUUUUUCAACAAGUUUUAUCCAGCACUUACCCAGCGAAACAACUUGAUAACCGGUUCAAGGGAGCAUCCGCUCGGUUAGGAAACGUCGAACUGAGCAGCUUGUGGAAGCCAGCGUUUGCAACGUCCUCCUCACAUGCUUUGAAGACCCCUGCGUCUUCCUGUAACUACCAGUGUGCACAGAAUCUAACUCAAGGAACGUCUUGGUCCAGCGAUGCAAACAACUGAAGUUUUAAGCUGGAAGAGCCUGUAUUGUCCUCGUUAUAGUAUAGAAGAGUUCAAGAUAGAAGAGAGAGAGGCAGCAGCGAAUGAAGUCUAUAAAAGAAAAGAAGAAGGAACAUCACAGAUUGAGAAAAUCUGCCAAGACAAAGAGGGUAACCCAGAGGAAGCGUUCUUCAGGGCCUGUUUGCCGGCUAUGCCUUCGAGAACCUGGGGAUCCCGAAAAAUUAGGGGAAUUUCUCCAGAAGGACAAUCUCAGCGUGCAUUAUUUCUGUCUUAUCCUAUCUAGCAAGCUGCUUCAGAGGGGCCAAUCCAACAGAGGUUUCCAUGGAUUCCUACCUGAAGACAUCAGAAAGGAGGCAGCCCGGGCCUCUAGGAAGAUCUGCUUUGUGUGCAAGAGAAAGGGAGCUGCCAUCAACUGCCAGAAGGACCAAUGUGUCAGAAACUUCCAUCUUCCUUGUGGCCUAGAAAGGGGUUGCCUUUCACAAUUUUUUGGAGAGUACAAAUCAUUUUGUGGGAAACAUCGCCCUACACAGAACAUCCGACGCAGGAACGUUGGGGAGGAAAGCUGUAUCUUGUGUUGUGAAGACUUAUCCCAAAUAAGUGUUGAAAACAUCCAGAGCCCAUGCUGUAGCCAAACUAUCUACCACCGGAAGUGCAUACAGAAAUAUGCCCACACAUCAGCAAAGCAUUUCUUCAAAUGUCCACAGUGCAACAAUCGAGACGAGUUUCCUCAAGAAAUGCUAAGAAUGGGAAUUCAUAUUCCAGACAGAGAUGCUGCCUGGGAACUCGAGCCAGGGGCUUUCUCAGAGUUGUAUCAGCGCUAUCAGCAUUGUGACGCCCCCAUCUGUCUGUAUGAACGAGGCAGAGACAGCUCUGAGGAAGAAGGGAAGUGGCGCAUCAUUCUGUGUGCUACAUGCGGAUCCCAUGGAACCCAUAGGAACUGCUCCUCUCUCAGAUCCAACUGUAAGAAAUGGGAGUGCAUGGAGUGUGCGCCUGCUGCCAGAGCCAUAGAGUGCACACUUGAAGACUCAGGUGACAUCCCCUGUUGCAGCAGCACCUGCCUCUCCAGGGGACAUUUCUACAGAGACACCAGGCUGGAAGAGAAUCCGGGCCCUUCUUGGACCAGUUGGCCAGGAUCCUCCUUAUUAGAAAACCCAGAGUCCUCUGAUCCCAGGAGCCAUUCCUGGGAAUCGAAGGGUGUCACAAUCUCUAAGAGCUGCAAAAAAUCCGAGUAA